CCUCCCGUUUCCCCCCCCUUUUGGAAGUCGGGAGCCUGGGAGGCAGCCCCGCGCAAAACCGCCGCCAGGGGAAGAGAAGCGGGUGGCUGGUUCCCUUCCCCGGCCUCUCCCCGCCUCUUCCCUUUUUUUUCCUGGGUUUGACCCCAAGCGCAGGGCCAGCGAAGAGGAAGGCAGUCUUGGAAGGGGCUGCCGAAGGGUGGGGCCGGCGGUCUCUCGCCUUCCCCUCGCCCUGCCCCGUGGGCCGAAAGGGUUAACAAGGCAGCUGACAACAUCGGCCCGCUGGCUUGCUAUAAACAUCUGGGGGGAGAGCCCUGGCCGUGGGCAGACUCUGAAUGGCUCCAGACGGAAGGAAAGAGCGCGGAGAAGUUUAGGUUUCAUUGCAACGAAGGUGAGAUUGACGUCUAGAAGAUGCCUGUUCCGCCUCCUCCAGCUCCACCCCCUCCGCCAACAUUUUCACAGGCAAACAUAGAGAAGCCAGGUUUGAAUAAAUCAGAGCAGGCAGGACGAAAUGCUUUAUUGUCAGAUAUUACCAAAGGGAAACGGCUGAAGAAGGCUGUUACCAAUGAUAGGAGUGCCCCAGUUCUUGAUAAACCAAAAGGACCAGGUGGUGGCGGAGGUGGCAGCUCUGGUUUCUCCAGUGGUAGCAGUGGCAACAGUAGCAGCGGUAAUAGUUAUGGUGGCGGUGGCCCACCUGGCUUAGGAGGAUUGUUCCAAGCAGGGAUGCCGAAACUUAGAUCUACAAACAGAGAUAAUGACUCUGCAGGAAACAAAACUCCAGUAUUUCCACCAGGAGGGCGAGCAACAUCUGCAAAGCCCUUUUCACCUCCAGGUGGAGUAGGCAGAUUUCCGGGCUCUUCUGGACUAAGAGCUCCAGCUCCAGAGCCACAGAGAAACCGAAUGCCUCCCUCAAGACCUGACUUUGGCUCCAGGCCUGACACGGGUGCUCCUCCUGUGCCAAAUACUCCCAGACCUAUUCCAUCCAAUCUGUACAACAGGGGACCCCCCCCUGUGCCCGGCGCCAGCAGACAAGCGAGCUUAGGGCUUACCCCUCCACCUUUCCCGGGUAAUAGAAAUUCAGGGCCUGGAGGCUCCAUUCGACAAUCAUCACCAGUUAGUUCUCCUUCUCCCUUCUCAAACAGGCCUCCUCUCCCUCCAGUACCAGGUAGGCCAACAGAAGAUAAGACACCUCCGCCACUGCCUCCAAGUGGAAACAGGCCAUCUUUCGGCAGGGAGGCUUCCCUGCCACCUCCCCCGCCCCAAAACCACAAGCCACCAAUUCCUUCCACACCACGGCCACCUGCGGUAUCUCAGGUACCUCCUCCUCUUCCCCCAAGUCGGCCAGGCCCACCUCCAGUUCCACCGGCAUCUGGUGGAAAUGAUGAAAUGCCACGGCUUCCUCAAAGGAAUCUAUCGCUAGGCGCUUCUCAACCUCCAUGUCUGCCUGGCUCCAAUCGCUCUGGACCUCCCCUUCCUCCCCCAGUUGAGAGACCACCACCUCCUGUAAGGGACCCGCCUAGCAGAUCAGGAUUUCUCCCUCCACCUCCACUAACCAGAAACGGAAGUACUUCCAGGGCACUGCCAGCUACUCCCCAGCUUCCCUCAAGAGGAGGAUUUGAAAAACCCAGAGGUGGGGCUGUGCCCCCACCUCCUCCCGAUAGGCCAGGUUCUGGAGCACCCCCACCCCCUCCACCCUCACUCCCCUCAUCUGCCCUCCGAAAUGGCUUCCAGGAUUCAUCCUGUGAUGAUGAGUGGGAAAGUAGAUUUUCCUUCCAUCCUCUGUCUGACUUGCCACCUCCAGAACCAUAUGUGCCCAUGAACAAGUGUUAUCCUAGUAAAUUGGUAAAAAAUGACAAUAGAAGUGGAUCCAGUCGCAGAGAAAGAGGUGCUCCACCACUUCCACCCAUCCCACGAUGAAGUGGGCUUCUAAUCCUUUUCAGGAUGACUGUUGUCCUUACAUGUUCUUUGAACUUCUCCACAUGUCACAAUGUCCCUUCUCCAACAGCACUUUUGAGCACAACUCCCCAACUUUAGGUUUUUUUAAAAAAAAAAAUCCAUUUAAUUUGGUGAAGAUCAAGGACUUGCUUUGAAUGGCCUGCCUACGUUGGUUUAGAUACAGGGUGACUGCGAUUUUAUUCCCCAUUUCUUGGCCUUUAGUUCUACUGAUACUAGUGGAACUUGGUUCCAAUAAAAUGCCAAAGUAUCCUUACCUUGAAAGCUAUCUUCAAAACUUCUUGGAAACUAUCAUUUGUUGCAGUUCUGCUCAGCCUUGUCAUCAACAAGGAGAGAAAAGCUGCCCUGGUUUAUAACAUAAUAUUCUUAGAUGUAAUUCCUGGAGAUGAAAAUCUUCCCUAUUUCUAUGGGUGGAAGUUUGGUUCACUUUUUAAACUGUAAUCUCUGUGAGAUUACUGAUCAAUUUGAUAUGGCCCAUUUGGCCAUUAAAAAAACAAACGCUGUGGCACAGUAAUUGCUACAUUCCACCUCUAGAAGGAGAUUGAGAUAAUUACAUUUUCUCAGGCAAUCUGUUUGACCUGUAAUGAAAGAAGGUUGCCAUCGAGGUUGCUUAUAACUUCUGUUACAGCUUUCAUAAAUGCAUCUCAGUCUAGCUGUUGGGCUCAACUGAAGUGGAGAAUUAAAAAAAGAAAAAUAUUGGGCACUCAAUCAUUACGUUGGGAUGAUUGUCACUGUCAUCUUGAGGAUUACACCAUCACUUCACUAAUGGUUAUACUAUUAGACCUCCCUUCUAAGAUGUAUCGUACCCAAAGCUUUCCAAUAUGUAAUUGUUUACUAUAAAAGCCUAUAUUUUGAUCUGCGAAAGACAGAUACUCAACAAUUAUUUAGUGUAUCCAAGUAUCAAAGAAUGCCACUAAGACUUUCUGUGACUUUUUGCUAAUACCUAUGUUCUGGACCUCCAUUUUUAUUAUGGUACAAGUUGAAACUUUUGAGUAUGGGAAUUUUUUAUUUGACUCAUAUGUGCUUCAAACAGCUUUUCUUUUGCGUGGCAGCUACUAAUCAAACAUCCAGCUAUAUGUAGGAAAUGUCUAAUUAUAGAACAGAUUCAAUUGAGCUUUUUACAAGCUCUCAUUUAAGUUUUCAACCUGGGUUCAGGAGAGUUUAGUAUUUACGUUCUGAUUUUGCUGCAAUAAUAAUUCCUUUCACAGUAUUUUCCUUACCUGAAAAAGAUGCAAGAGAAGACUUGGUUAUUGAGGGUUGGGACCAUAUGCUUUGGAAUCCUGCCUGUCAAUAAAUGGAUUUGCCAAUUUGCAAUGUUCAUUUUAUCAAACCGAUAUCAACAUAUGGCAAGAAUCCUUAGAGAAUUAUGAUUCUGUACUGAAAUUCAUGGGAUAAGCUGCCCAGAGUGGCUUGAGGGUGAGGUGGAAAGCAUAUAAAUGUAAUAAAAUAAUAAGUAAUAAAAUAAAACACAUACUUAGAGGAGAUAAAUUAUGAAGAUUUAAUUUCAAGGAUCUUCUUGGUUUUAUCUGCCUAAUACUUUGCAAGGUAGAGCCAGGAGAGUUAAAAGAUGUUAGCAGAGUCUGUAAAGAUUAAAAAAAGUAAAGAUGGCAGAUGUUGAGCGAUGAGAUGGUAAGAAGCAGAAAUAUUGAUGAAUCAAUGUGUUUAAUAUAAUGUAACGCACAAUAGAAUUGUGGAAAGGUAAAGUAAGAUCUCUUUAGUCACAUACAUGAAAAGUAAACUCACAUAUUUGAGAAAAAGGUCUGAGGAUACACUUGAAAGUGUUCACAACGGUAUUUGUAUUAGUGGCCUUAUCAGCAAAGAUACACCUUGGUGUAGUUCCUGUUUAUGGUAAAGAUAGAACUAAAGAGAGCAGAGAAUAUAACUUGGCAUUUUCCGCGAGUGUUUGUAUGUUGUAAGUUUACUUUUUUGGAUUAAAAUAGACUGUCUUAGUGUUGAGGUUCAUUCUUUGAACCCAUUUCUGUGAUGGAAUUGGUAUGUAAUGAAUACCUUUCAGGAUCCAAAAUCUGUACCCACACAAAUUUUGCUAUCAAAUCAGAGAUUUACAUAAACUAUAAUCAGAAAUAGGUUUCAGCACUUUUCAGGGUCAUAUAUGGUCUAGAAUUAUAUUUUUCAAUGGACUGUUGCCCUGUUUGUACAUACUUAAUUCUGACAUUCAUACAGAUGAGUCAUUCCAGUUUCAGUCUGAUUGCCAUUGUACAGUAUGUGUGUAUGAAUUAUAAACAACUUCAACACGAUGAAAAAUAUUGAAUUAUUAUUUCAUUUUGUUGCAGAAACUGGAAUAUUUAUGUUUUUUGUAUUACCCAGAUUUUUUAUAUGCAGCAAGAUCUCUGCAUCUUGUAUAUGUAGUUUGAUAGUCAAUUUCUUUCUUUCUUUUUUUUUUACCAUAUAAAGGGAAUGUGGCAGAAAGAAAUUCCAAAUUCACUGCAAUUGCAGUAGUUAAUGUAAUAGAACCCUUUGAGCUAGAAAACUUGGACAAUCUGAUUUAUCAAUGAAAGGGCCUGUCAUACUUGUACUCUUAUGCUAGUAGAUUAGCCAUUAUAAAUAAGGUUAUAGAGCACUGUUCUUCUGCCAGUAAAUCAGGAUCAGUUUUCUGGUGUUUUCUGGCUCCAGAGGGAUGUCAAUUCCAAAUCUCUUAUCAUUCAACAACUUUGACCAUUGCUGAUUAGGAGCAAUGGGACUUAUAGUUCUAACACAUUCAGAAAGAACCAGUUUAGGAAAAAACUAGUCAAGAUACAUGAAGAAGUAUAAGUCAGCCAAGAAUAGAAAGAGCAGGCAAAUAAUAAAUAUACAUGUACUCUGCUUAAUUAUUUUUUCUUAUUGUGCUUAGUUAUAAGCACAUACGGAUAAUACUGCUUACUAUAACUACAACUAUUACUACUAAAUAGCUGCCAUUUUUGUGGUAUUUAGAAAAUUAGGUCUGUUUUUUUUUUACUGUUAAUUAAUCAAAGAAUUAAUUUGGCAAAUUUUACUUCUAGUGCAAUAUAAUCUGAAAUUCCAACCAAAGCCUUAACAUGCAGAAUGUGAUGUGGCCUUCAGAGAGAAACAUGGUCGUCUCUCUUUCUCAGAGGAUAAUUAGCACUUUCUCUUCUAUAGGAAUCUUCCUCAAAGAAGUUAUGCUAAAUACUGUAAGAAAAUAUUUCAAAGGAGAAGAGAUUUGUUUUGGUUAUAUAAACCACAUCUCUCUUUCUUUCACCAGAUAUAUUUUAAAAACAACAUCUUAGUAUAGAUGUGUUAGAGUACAUGUUUAUUUAUGCACAAUAAACGGGGACAAAUAAAAUCAGAUUUUCAUCCCUGGUGCCUUGAAACACCUUGGUGCCUUGAGUCUAAAUGGCAGCUUUGAAAAGAAACAAAACUUAUUGUCUCCACUGUGAAUUUCAAAUACAACAUUUAUACUUUAUCAUGUGUGAUACUCAAGCAACGUACAACCCACAGUAUUCACCAUGUAGCAUCUUAUUGUACUACACAGAAAUACAAUAAAUUGCAAAAGAUUCAUCAGAUUGCAAUUUUAAGAUCAUUAUUUAGCAGUAACUUGGAUGGAUGAAUUCAUGGAAAUUUUGAGAUGAGUGUGUUUAAAAUUUGAAAAAAAGCAAAGUUUAAAUACUUUUCAUACGAAUGAACCAAAUCAUUUGUGGAAUAACAGGAUAUGCAUUUUAAAUACAUGAUCAAUACCUUCCUUUUUAUAAAAUUGCACAUAUAUCAUGGAAAAAAACAUGCCCAUAUUGUAAAUAAGGUUGUUUCUAUUUGACUUUAGGUUAUUAACAUGCUUAUCUUAAAGUACAUGUUCAUGAGAAACUAAAUGGCAAGUGAAUUUCUUGCAUGUACAAAGGAAUAAAAAUUAAAAUGAUGCAAAGGU